GUCACUCAUCGCUGCUUACACAUAAUGCCGGUGGAUACGGAUGGGACGGUCUCAACUAAGAAAAUUAUAAGGCCAUUCGAAUUACGGUAGUGAGCGAGUUUAUGGUUACAAUGAAGCUGAAAAAAUUGAACCGGCGAUAAGAAUGAACGGAUGAUUUAGAUAGGGGCAAAGUCGAACCAAGGAGGUAGGCAAAUUUGAUAUAACCCCGACGGAGUAAGGGCAGUGCGCUGUUAUCGGAGACCCUGGUGUGUGUCAACGUGCAAGGAGACGCCAGAGCCGUGGAAGGCUUUGCUAAACCAAUCAAGGUGGAAUUGUGCAAAACGGGUUCCACGUCCGGUGUAAUACGCACUUUACUGUGUUUGUGGAGGACGUGAAACAAGGUAGGCAUCAUAACACUUGUCAUUUUUAUAUCCCUCAAUGGUCUAGUUUCCGGAUCCAUUAUUAGCCUAUUUAGCAGCCUAGCCUAGUGAGGUCUGAAUAGCGCAGGCUUCACCCAACUGUCCUUUAACAACCUUGCCAGUGUAUGUAUUAAUGUAUGUAUGGAAGGAAGCCUGCGUUUAAAUGGACCAGGUUUGAAUCUGUUGGACCAUUAUGUUAUGUUAUGUAGGCCUACCCUAAUGUUAUACAGCUGUCAGUGCCAAGAGUGCGGGUGGCAGACAACGGGAUACAGUCAGCAGCGUUGACACAAUACAUUGAGGCUACAGAAUAGCCACCACUCCAAUCCAGUGUGCCGUUCGUUGCGCGCCACUAUCAGUUUAUAAUAAAUAGACAGCGGGUACGUUCGAUCGAAUGGAGAUGUAACGGUUCUGAUUAGGCUAUGUUUGGUGGGGUUGCGCACAUGGCAUAGCUGCUGGUGAUGGGUCGAGCUCUUUAUUUUAUUUCCGAUCAGCAGUGAGCCUGCCUCUCUCUCUCACCAUUACCGCAGUACUGCUGCUUCUAUGGUGCUACGGCGCGUUAAACCAUCGACUUUAUAGAUUUAUUAGGUUAUUAAACAUUCAAAUAUUUCAACGCCCUUCCCAUUUUUGUGAUGUUGGAUGAUUUAUAGCCAAGUAAAUAGUAAUAUUAUUUAAUCGCAGCAAUAUUUCACCCUCUAUUGAGGGACAAAGCCUAAACUUCAUUAUACAUGUAUGUAUUGCCAUGUUGGCCAGAGCAUGUAAUAUCCCUCGUGCGGCAGAGUGGGUCUUGAUGAUGAGCACUUUGACGCACGCGAUCAUAUCUAAUCAUGGUCCCCCUUCAUAACGGAAAAUGUAUAUCGUAAGUAAGAAUAAUGUGCUCUUGUUGACGCCUAUGGCUUUAGCGUUAGCUAAAGCUUCCAAUCUCACACUGGCAAUAUCAGGUAGCAACUAUUGUUACCGCUUGUGUCCUCUGGCUCUGUGUUGGUUCUGGUCUCUGUGUCCGACAGUAAACAAUCAAUUUUAAUGUAAUCUGUGAGCCCAAGCUUGUUCUGUAAAUGGACAGGAUGUCCCCAGACAGGAACCAUAAUAAACAACAUUUCUCUCUGGUGCUGCAUACCGACAUGACGCUAUUGGUCCAUAGCCAAUUUUAUAAUUCUUUGCUACCAAAAUAUGUUGUACCUUUGGCCUAGUUUUUACAUCGAAUGUGGUACUGGCCUGGUACCUGGCCAGGAAGACCCGUUUGGUCAGGACAGUCACAAACUGGACCUUGCCGAGACAGACAAGCAUAGGGCCUAUCCAUAAUUGCAUGUAGUGGUCUAAAUCUGGAAGUGAUAAAUAAAUAGGAACACCUUUUAAAAGGGAGGAAAAUUAAUGUGGAAUAGAGAGAGAACCACUGUAGAGAUUUAGAACAGCGAACAUUUGAGGCCCCUUUCCCCUGAUGGAGAAAAGCCUGGAUGAACAGAACAAAUCUACUAGACCCCACCUAGCUGUGAUUGCUGCUCAGGAAAGGCUUGGAGGUAGCUAAUGUCAAAAGUUGUGUUUUCAGUUACCCUCCGUAGACCUUUCCUGUAGUCAAUGACCAAAAGCACCCCCUUUGGCCUCAUGGGUGGGAUGUUAUUAAUAUUUUUCAGAAUUGCUUUUUUCUUUUUUAUUAUCCAGUGUUUCUAUAACAGUUGUUAUAUUUCAGUCUUCUGUUAUGUAUAUAAAGUGUAAUAUUGGGAUGCAAACUCAACAUGUUAUACAUUUCAACUCUAUAUCUGACAUGGUACAGGAGUCUUCUUUUUUCUUUUAAGCCCAUAACCAUGUGUUUGAAGUGUAUACUUUUGUUUCAAAGUUGAUUUGUUUAAGACUACCAAGAAUAACUCUGUGUGACCCUGAUUUGGCCCACUGCAGUAAAAGGUUCAAUGAGUUACCGUACCUGGUGGUGACACUCAUCUAGUGCAAAAGGUCAGACUGUAAGUUAUAGGCCUAUUUAAGGGUACACUUUACAUAUUAUUGUAUUAUUAUAUUAGCUAGUAAUUCAGUAGACACUCCUACCCAGAGAGCACUACAAGUGCUUUCAACUAGGAAGUAGAGAAGACCACACACCACACACCACAGGUUCAUCGCGAGUGCAACCUCUGGGCUAGAACAGGGAAAAAAAUUAAAAAUAAAUAAAGCUUUAGAGCUUGUCAGCGUUUGUUUCCUCCCACAGCCUGUGGGGGGAAACAAGGAAGCGAGGUGUCCUUUGCAAUAGGAUAGCAUUAGCCAAAUUGACUAACUCGUUUUCAGAAAUAUGGAAACAUUGAUCAAGACUCUUGUUCAUUAUAAGUCUAGAAAACAGAUAUAACAUGAUGACAUGAAUUGUGACAUGUUUUCCUUUCUCUCCAGGAUGAUGCGCCUGGCAUGCUGCACCGUCCUCCUCUUCCUGCUACGUCUCCUGGUGGGCCUGCCCUGGUUCCAGGUCCUCCCUUCCAUCCUCAUCUUCUACCUGGGCUCUGGAGGCUGGAAGUUCGUACUCAUUUUCGCCAAGACCAUCGGCAGAGAUGUACAGUGAGUGGAAGUAUAUUAUGGGAUGUUUGAUGUGUGUCUGUGUGGGCACCCGUGUGGACCUGUCUGCACCUGUCUGCAAGUCAAUCAGAAGCACGUUUUACAGAAAUGUGUGCGUCAGUGCUCCUCUGGUUUUAAUGACGUUAAACAACCGAUACCUUUUGAACAACAGAUACCUUCACCAUGGUUAGGACUAUAGGAGUUUAAUUGUCUCCAACAAGAAAAGCAGCACAUUCCUGUAAGACAAGGAGGGAUGUGCCACAGAGGAGACAAAAGCUCACGUGUUACAGAAGGGAGUGUUGAGUUAGUCAGGUAUGGAGGAAUGUCCAUGGACAAACGAGAGACUGAACGUGAGAGAGAGCAAAGACAAAGCAGACGAGAGAUGCUGAGGUUUCUCUGUGUUACCAGAGUUCACAUUCACAGCUAGCUAGUGUUGUGAUCUGUUCACCAUGGUGACAGGUACUUCCCCUUGCACCCACGUAAAGCUUCAAUGUUCUGAUCUGAAGGGUCUGGAUUGGGGAAGGGGAAUCAGUUGUUACCAAAAUACGAACCCUUUGCGCUGACUGACUUGGAGUGAAGAUUGUAGUGCGUCAACCUGAUAAAGUCAGACAGGGAAAAAAAAGUAUGUUCCGCACUCACUUGCAAUAAUAAAUUUUUAUUCCAUUAGGGACAAAGUUUUGGCCACACAGGUUUCAUCAGUGUCAUAGAGUGCAUUCGGAAAGUAUUCAGACCCCUUGACUUUUUCCACAUUUUCUUACGUUACAGCCUUAUUCUAAAAUUGAUUUGUAUAUAUUUAUUUAUUCCCCCCUCAUCAAUCUACACACAAUACUUCAUAAUGACAAAGCAGAAACUGUUUUUAGACAUUUUUGCAAAUGUAUUAAAAAUAAGAAACUCUCACAUUUACAUAAGUAUUCAGACCCUUUACUCAGUACUUUGUUGAAGCACCUUUGGCAGCGAUUACAGCCUCAAAUCUUCUUGGGUAUGAUGCUGCAAGCUUGGCACACCUGUAUUUGGGGAGUUUCUCCCAUGCACAGCUAUUUUCAGGUCCAGAGAUGUUCGAUCGGGUUCAUGUCCAGGCUCUGGCUGGGCAACUCAAGGACAUUCAAAGACUUGUCCCGAAGCCACUCCUGCGUUGUCUUGGCUGUGUGCUUACGGUCGUUGUCCUGUUUGAAGGUGAACCUUCGCCCCAGUCUGAGGUCCUGAGUGCUCUGUAGCAGGUUUUCAUCAAGGAUCUCUCUGUACUUUGCUCCAUUCAUCUUUCCUUCAAUCCUGACUAGCCUGCCACUGAAAAACUUCCCCACAGCAUGAUGCUGCCACCACGAUGCUUCACCGUAGGGAUGGUGCCAGGUUUCCUCCAGACGUGACGCUUGGCAUUCAGGCCAAAGAGUUCAAUCUUGGUUUCAUCAGACCAGAGACUCUUGUUUCUCAUGGACUGAGAGUCUUUAGGAGCCUUUUGGCAAACUCCAAGCGGUCUGUCAUGUGCCUUUUUACUGAGGAGUGGCUUCUGUCUGGCCACUCUACCAUAAAGGCCUGAUUGGUGGUUCUGCAGAGAUGGUUGUCCUAGAAGGUUCUCCCAUCUCCACAGAGGAACUCUGGAACUCUGUCAGUGACCAUCGGGUUCUUGGUCACCUCCCUGACCAAGGCCCUUCUCCCCCGAUUGCUCAGUUUGGCCGGGCGGCCAGCUCUAGGAUGAGUCUUGGUGGUUCCAAACGUCUUCCAUUUAAGAAUAAAGGAGGCCACUGUGUUCUUGGGGACCUUUAAUGCUGCAGAAGUUUUUGGUACCCUUCCCCAGAUCUGUGCCUCGACACAAUCCUCUCUCAGAGCUCUACGGACAAUUCCUUCGACCUCAUGGCUUUGGUUUUUACUCUGACAUGCACUGUCAACUGUGGGACCUUAUAUAGACCGGUGUGUGCUUUUCAAAAUCAUGUCCAAUCAAUUGAAUUUACCACAGGUGGACUCCAAUCAAGUUGUAGAAACAUUUCAAGGAUGAUCAAUGGAACAGGAUGCACUUGAGUUCAAUUUCGAGUCUCAUAGCAAAGGUUCUGAAUACUUAUGUAAAUAAGAUGUUUUCGUUUUGUCAUUAUGGGGUAUUGUGUGUAGAUUGAGGAUUUGUAUUUAUUUAAUCAAUUUUAGAAUAAGGCUGUAACGUAGCAAAAUGUGGAAAAAGUCAAGGGGUCUGAAUACUUUACGAAUGCACCGUAAAUCACAUAAAUACAUUUUAUUUAUAGGGUGGUUUAUUAUGUGUGAUUCAUUUAUGACACUGAUGAAACCCAUGUGGCCGACACGUUUGUCCCUAAUGGAAUAAGUCUUAUCAUUUAUUAUUGUGAGUGAGGAUCAUACCUUUUUCUGAAUCGGUUGUUACUGAAAUACCCCACUACUUAGCCGAACCGAGGUGAGCUGUGCUACUCUAGUCUGGUUAGACAUCCACCAUAGUUGCUGGAACCAUGCAGGAUAGGACAAUGAAAAUAAAAUAUUUGAGCCAGCACAGUACAGUUUGGAUCCGCACAAUAGUGUUAAGAGUACUGGUGGUGACUGGCUUAUUGUCAGACUCAUGUGGGUUUCCCUUUCCCCUACUAUACCGUUUAGUAAUAAAACUUAAGAAGAGGAAGUAGUCACCGGUUGGAGAGAUGCCUCGAACCCCUUGAGUGACUCACCCCAAAGGAAUGGUUUCAGUUUAACCUGUCUGUUCAGAGGGACAACCUCAAACCUUGAUGGACCUGUAUAGCUUAUGAAUAUAAAUAAUUACAAAGGGUACUUGCACUCCUUGAUGGGAAUGUAUAACUUCUAUACAGUAAAAUACAAAGAGUGCUACUCUCACUCAAACCAUACAGGAAAUAGUUGCAGGAGGCAUGUAUAGCUUUAUGAAAAUGUCACCUAUAGUCUAUCCUCAUGAAAAUGAUGUUUUUAUUGCUUAUUCAGACUUUGUCCUGGUGAGUGAACCAAGCCUCUGUGUUGCAAUAUUUUACAUCUCCAAGCCCCUGUUGCACUAACUAAUGUAUUUUUAAAUGGACAUUUAAUGUGUUUGCUCAAGAAUUGCCACAGUUGCAAAAUGUACAUGCUACAGUUGGUUGAUGUUUUAUCAGCUUAUUUGUUUCUCAAUGUCAAUUGGAAGCUUUUUCUGGAUUUGAACUUUGAGCCCAGAAAUAAAACCUUUUAUUGCUUAAUCAUAGAUUGCUUAAUGGAGUUUAUUGCUUCAUCACAAUGUACUUCAUGUCAGCUGCUAUUUAGUCAGGAAAACCAUGAAAACAACGUCAGGGUUGUGUUCAUUAGGGCGUGCAAGUCCGGCUAGUUUACCACCAUGUCUCUUUAGGCUCUUAGUUCUCUUUGAGUUGUUGUGAUUCUCACCCCUUCUUUAACCUCCCUCUCCUCCACAGUGCGGCAGGCGUCCUCCUCAAGGUGAAGUCGAACGUCAAUCGUCACCUGAAGGAACGAAACACCCUCCCUAAGAUCUUCGCCGAGACUGUGCGUCGCCAUGGGGACAAGACUGCACUCAUUUUCGAGGGCACGGGCGAGAAGUGGUCCUUCCGGCAGCUGGACGAGUACUCCAACCGCGUGGCCAACCUGCUGCUCCAGAGGGGUUUCGUGGAAGGGGAUGUGGUUGCUCUCUUCAUGGAGAACCGCUCCCAGUACGUGGGCCUCUGGCUGGGCAUGGCCAAGAUAGGAGUGGAGGCUGCCCUGAUUAACUUUAACCUGCGGCUGGAGGCCCUGGUGCACUGUGUCACCAUCUCAAACGCUAAGGCUGUGGUGUUCGGCAGCGAGCUGACCGAGGGUGAGGACCAGGGGGGGUUAGUGGAAGGGUGGAGGAAUGGAUGGCUGGAGUGGGUGGCUGGAGGGAGGGAGUGAUUGGUUAAGUGACAGGUGGCUGGAGGUAGUGGAUGAAUGGAGGGAGGGAGGGAGAGGGGGCUGGAAAUCUUUGUUUAAGGAAAUUGUACAUGCUGAAGGCCCGUUCCCCGGACAUACUGUAGAUUAAGCCUAGUGCUGGACUAAAAAGCUAUUUCAAUGGACAGUCUUCUUUGAGCAUGCUUUUUAGUCCAAGACUAGGCUUAAUCUGGGUCUGGGAAACUCUCACUGAAUGUUCCUUGAAUUGCUAGUUUUAGACUUGAUUUGUAACUUCAGAUUAUGUUUUAUCUAUAAUAAGCAGAGGAAGGACACAUUACUAUUGACUUCCUGGAGAUGUGGGGUCCGGUUCAGAAUGAUGAUAGAGCAUUUGUAUCAAGUCUAUAUUUAUCAUUUGGUUUAUGUCUUUAAGUAAUUGGAAACCCUACAUCCCUCUGACUAACCUGCAUCAGUCAUCAUAUAUUCCUGCUGAGAGAACUGUCUGAGUAUAAGGGUGUAGGAGGCUGUGUCUUUUCGUUGUACGUAGUCUGGUACUUCGGUGCGGAGGUAUGCGUGUCGUGGAGGGGACGGGUUAUGUGCUUCUUGCGUUGGAGGUUGUCUUUUCUAUGUGUUUGUACGGUCUUAUGGUGUUUAUGGUCGUGAGUUGCGGUGUUUGUUUUGGAGGGCGUUGAUUGUUUUGCUGUCUUUGUUUGGCUUUGAUGUUUUUUCUCAUGUGUCGAGCGGUGGUGUGAGGUCACGAGUUUCAGGGGAGUCGUACGUGCGGUGUUGAGGGGAUGGGCCGAGUGUUGCUGCGGGGUACGAGUUCCUGGAGCUUCUGGAUGCGCCUCACUGCUUCGUCGAGCUUGAGCUGGUCGUCUCACAUUGUCCUAUGAUCAUGUAUGAGCAGCUUCUGUUUCUUAGUUUUUUUCUUUCUUUUAUUUCUUUCUUUUUUUCUCUUCUUUCUUUUUGUUUCUUUCUUCUUCUUUCUUUCUUUCUUUUCUUUGUUACUUUCUUUUCUUUCUUCUUUCUUUCUUUCUUUCUUUCUUUCUUUCUUUCUUUCUUUCUUUCUUCUUCUUCCAGCGGUGUGUGAGGUCCACAGUUCCAUGGGGAAGACAGUACAGAUGCUGUGUUCAGGGGACUGGGACCCCAAAUGUGUCCCUGCGGGGACAGAGUGCCUGGAGCCUCUACUGGACGCCGCCCCCACCCACCUGCCCAUCCGCCCAGACCGCUGCUUCACUGGUCAGUCAAUCAAACAAUAUGUCCAAUCACACUCAGUCAGUGUAUAAGAAGCCAGACCUGGACUCAUAGUAUUUUAGUUUUCUUUCAAAAACGUUUGAUUGAACCUGUUUGAAUUUGCAAUUUCGGGAGUAUUUCAAGAUCAAGCCCAUAGUUUUACUGCUUUCUCCACUCUUUGCUAUUGUAUGUCUGUUAUUUUUACAGGUUUUUCCCUUGUCUGUUGUAUGUGUAUAUUGAUUUGUCCCAAUCUCUCGGUCUUCCAGAUCGUCUGUUCUACAUCUACACAUCUGGGACCACUGGGAUGCCUAAAGCUGCCAUCGUGGUGCACAGCAGGUAGGAGCUCCUUCUCUGUCUCUGUCUCUGUCUCUGUGUGUGUCUGUCUCUGUGUCUCUCUGUCUCUGUGUCUCUCUGUCUCUGUGUGUCUCGUCUGUGUCUGUGUCUGUCUCUCAGGAGCUCUUCUUCAAAGAUGAGUGUUUGUCUAUUUAUCUCUUUCACUCUUCCACUCCUUUCCUCUCUCUUUUCUCCUGUCUUCUAAUUCUCUCUCUCUCCUGGGUUCGACAGGUACUACCGCAUGGCAGCGUUGGUGUACUAUGGCUUCGGUAUGACGUCUGAUGACGUUUUGUACGAUUGCCUUCCACUCUACCACUCCGCAGGUAACACUGGUGUGUGUGUGUGUCUGAUCUCUGUGUCAGUGUUUGUAUGUAUGCCCAUUGUAAUUGUUUCUGGAACACGUGUGCAUGUCUUCUCCAGGUAACAUAGUCGGAGUGGGGCAGUGUCUAAUCCACGGCAUGACGGUGGUCAUCAAGAAGAAGUUCUCUGCCUCCCGAUUCUGGGAAGACUGUGCCAAGUACAACUGCACAGUGAGCCACAGACACACACACACAGACAGUGCUAGCUGACUCCCAGUAGCUCAGAGACUGUAAGAUACAUCUGUACAGAAUAGGAGAUCAGUAGAGAGAAGAUGCAUGUUUUGGGUUACUGCGCUGUUGAAAGUAGUGUUCAACUGUGUUGAUGUUUAUCUACAGCGAUAGCUCAAGGAUAUUCGGGUUUACGAUUCGGGUUUUGGGAAAAAUCUGUUCAGGUGGUGAAAGUAGUCAAAUCUGAUAAACCAGAAGUAAUGCUCUGCAGAGGGUAGUAGACGGCAUUAGAAGACCGUGUUCUGUUUUUCUUCAGAAGUACCCAAAGAUUUUAUUUAUUUAUUUCACCUUUAUUUAACCAGGUAAGCCAGUUGAGAACAAGUUCUCAUUUACAACUGCGACCUGGCCAAGAUAAAGCAAAGCAGUGCGAUUUAAAAACAACAACACAGAGUUACAAAUGGGGUAAACAAAACAUAAAGUCAAAAAUACAACAGAAAAUAUAUAUAUACAGUGUGUGCGAAUGUAGUAAGUUAUGGAGGUAAGGCAAUAAAUAGGCCAUAGUGCAAAAUUGUUACAAUUUCAUAUUAACACUGGAAUGAUAGAUGUGCAAAAGAUGAUGUGCAAAUAGAGAUACUGGGGUGCAAAUUAGCAAAAUAAAUAACAAUAUGGGGAUGAGGUAGUUGGGUGGGCUAAUUUCAGAAAGGCUGUGUACAGGUGCAGUGAUCGGUAACUGACUCAAGUAGAUUUGGGGCAUAAUAAAAUAAGAGUUAGAUCUGUAGAUUGGUGUGGGUUCCUCACUUAUACGCCCUCGUCUCAUUGUGCUGGUGACUGUCUGACUCACUGACUGACUCACUGACUGGCUGUCUGACUGACUCAUUGACUCACUGAUUGAUUGGCUCACUGACUGUCUGUCUCUCUGAUCCCCAGAUUGUCCAGUACAUCGGGGAGAUCUGCCGGUACCUGUUGAACCAGCCGAUAAAGGACAUAGAGGGGAAACACAAGGUCCGUAUGGCGCUCGGUAACGGCCUGCGCCAGUCCAUCUGGGAGGAGUUCACCUCUCGCUUCAAUGUGCCACAGAUAGCAGAGUUCUACGGAGCCACAGAGUGCAACUGUAGCCUGGGAAACUUUGACAACAUGGUGAGGCACUAGGAGGACAUUUUGGAUCUCACAGCAAAGAGCUGAAAGCCAAUGACGACGCUCUCAUAGUUUAUCUUAUGGUGUUGGCAGACAUUUUGGCUCUGAGGGCCUGCUUUUUCUAUAGUGUGUGGUCCCAGGGAAUCAACACCAUCUGUGUAGUGUUAAUCUUUAUUAUGGCUCUCAAUUCAAUUCUCAAAGCACAUAAAAACACACAGUAUUUCAUCCUCAGGAGUAAAAGUUAGGGUAUUAGUGGUCAGUGAUGUCACUUUGUAUUGAAUUUGGACUGCAUGCUGUAUCCGAGCUAUGGCGUGAAACAGUUGCUGUAAAGCUGAACAGAGUUUUAGUGCUGUUAGUUGAGUUGACAUUACAGUAUUAUAUUGUUGUCAUAUCGUUGUCUCUGUUUUAUUUACGUGAACGUGUGGCUUCACCAGCCACAUCCUCCCUUUCAUCUACCCAAUCAGACUGGAGAAGGGUUAGUUGGGGUCAGGGUUAGUUGGGUUGACGUUAACAGUAUGGUAUUGUCUCUGUGUUACAGAUAGGAGCGUGUGGCUUCAACAGCCAGAUCCUCCCCUUCAUCUACCCCAUCAGACUGGUGAAGGUAGAUGAGGAGACCAUGGAGCUAAUCAGAGGCCCCGAUGGCGUCUGCAUCCCCUGUGGCCCUGGUACGUCACUACUAGUAUACCUAUAGAAUACUCUCUCAGGCCUGGUCAGUUUUAGUAUACCUAUAGAAUACUCUCUCAGGCCUGGUCAGUUUUAGUAUACCUAUAGAAUACUCUCUCAGGCCUGGUCAGUUUUAGUAUACCUAUAGAAUACUCUCUCAGGCCUGGUCAGUUUUAGUAUACUAUAAUAAUACUCUCUCAGUCCUGGUCAGUUUUAGUGUACUAUAGUAUACAGUGAGGGAAAAAAGUAUUUGAUCCCCUGCUGAUUUUGUACGUUUGCCCACUGACAAAUAAAUGAUCCGUCUAUAAUUUUAAUGGUAGGUUUAUUUGAACAGUGAGAGACAGAAUAACAACAACAAAAUCCAGAAAAACGCAUGUCAAAAAUGUUAUAAAUUGAUUUGCAUUUUAAUGAGGGAAAUAAGUAUUUGACCCCCUCUCAAUCAGAAAGAUUUCUGGCUCCCAGGUGUCUUUUAUACAGGUAACGAGCUGAGAUUAGGAGCACACUCUUAAAGGGAGUGCUCCUAAUCUCAGCUUGUUACCUGUAUAAAAGACACCUGUCCACAGAAGCAAUCAAUCAAUCAGAUUCCAAACUCUCCACCAUGGCCAAGACCAAAGAGCUCUCAAAGGAUGUCAGGGACAAGAUUGUUGACCUACACAAGUCUGGAAUGGGCUACAAGACCAUCACCAAGCAGCUUGGUGAGAAGGUGACAACAGUUGGUGCGAUUAUUCGCAAAUGGAAUAAACACAAAAUAACUGUCAAUCUCCCUCGGCCUGGGGCUCCAUGCAAGAUCUCACCUCGUGGAGUUGCAAUGAUCAUGAGAACGGUGAGGAAUCAGCCCAAAACUACACGGGAGGAUCUUGUCAAUGAUCUCAAGGCAGCUGGGACCAUAGUCACAACAAUUGGUAACACACUACGCUGUGAAGGACUGAAAUCCUGCAGCGCCCGCAAGGUCCCCCUGCUCAAGAAAGCACAUAUACAGGCCCGUCUGAAGUUUGCCAAUGAACAUCUGAAUGAUUCAGAGGAGAACUGGGUGAAAGUGUUGUGGUCAGAUGAGACCAAAAUCGAGCUCUUUGGCAUCAACUCAACUCGCCGUGUUUGGAGGAGGAGGAAUGCUGCCUAUGACCCCAAGAACACCAUCCCCACCGUCAAACAUGGAGGUGGAAACAUUAUGCUAAGGGGGUGUUUUUCUGCUAAGGGGACAGGACAACUUCACCGCAUCAAAGGGACGAUGGACGGGGCCAUGUACCGUCAAAUCUUGGGUGAGAACCUCCUUCCCUCAGCCAGGGCAUUGAAAAUGGGUCGUGGAUGGGUAUUCCAGCAUGACAAUGACCCAAAACACACGGCCAAGGCAACAAAGGAGUGGCACAAGAAGAAGCACAUUAAGGUCCUGGAGUGGCCUAGCCAGUCUCCAGACCUUAAUCCCAUAGAAAGUCUGUGGAGGGAGCUGAAGGUUCGAGUUGCCAAACGUCAGGCUCGAAACCUUAAUGACUUGGAGAAGAUCUGCAAAGAGGAGUGGGACAAAAUCCCUCCUGAGAUGUGUGCAAACCUGGUGGCCAACUACAAGAAACGUCUGAUCUGUGUUAGCCAACAAGGGUUUUGCCACCAAGUACUAAGUCAUGUUUUGCAGAGGGGUCAAAUACUUAUGUCCCUCAUUAAAAUGCAAAUCAAUUUAUAACAUUUGUGACAUGCAUUUUUCUGGAUUUUUUUUUUUGUUAUUCUGUGUCUCACUGUUCAAAAAACCUACUAUUAAAAUGAUAGGCUGAUCAUGUCUUUGUCGGGGGGGGGGGGGGGGGCACUAGUUGCCCAUCCCUGCUCUGUAGUAUACUAUACAGUACUGAAGCAACACAUGGUAACUGGGUAUCAAGUGACCCCAGGCUAAACUACAGGGGAUCUCUGAGCAGUAGUGGGCCCCAGAGACGAGGUGUGCAGACCCGCUGGUGAGCAGACACGCCCUGGCACCCGUCAACCACUACCCCACCUAUGGGUUAAAUAGCAACAAUGCAUUGUGGAGUGCAAAAGGGCAGGACACACGUGUCCCUGGCCAUCCACUGCAGCUGAAGAAGCUUCCAGCCGUAACGUUUACCGUGCCUCUGGGCCCUAGUUUCAGACGCCGAGAGAGUGGGACUGUCCCAGUGCAACAGCUCUCCCACUAUAAGCAACUCACGCAGGGGUAACUUGUGCUAACACCACUUCUCCCCAAAAAAAGCCCUACAGCGAUGGGGGAAUGGCGACGCGAAAUGUGGAGAUGAUCACUGGCGGUUGUAGCCACGAACCUGCAUGUAGUCGAUCCAGGAUAUUGGCCACUCAUCUUCGUAACCAGGACAGAGAUGAUGUUCGGCAGCACCCUGGAUGUCUGAGCAGCCCUUUUUAGGACAGCACUGCUCACCCUAACCUAGGGAAGGGGCUAGAAAAAGUGCCCUAGAAAUUGCCUGCCCUACUGAAUCUGGCCAGCUUACCGUGGUUGGCAGAUCAUCUCCUAAAUGGUAGAAACACAAGCAAUAUAAAUGAAAAAUGAAAAACCAGACAAAAAGCAGCUCGUAAUAGCUGCGUACAACAUUAGAACAAUGAUGGACAAAAACUCUGUCCCAUGUCCCGAGAGAAAAACUGCCUUGCUGUCCAGGGAACUGAGCAGAUGUAAGAUCGACAUAGCAGAUCUGAGUGAAACAAGGUUAGCUGACGAUUGCACCAUCACUGAACCAGUAGGUGGCUAUAGGUUUUUAUGGAAAGGCAAACCAAACGAUGAGGACAGAGUACAUGGUGUGGGCCUUGCCAUAAGAACCAACCUUCUCAGGCACCUGCAUGACUUACCCUCCGGCAUAAAUGAGAGGCUUAAGAAAAUCAGGAUUCCUCUCAACAAGACCAGGCAUGCCACAAUAAUUAGUGCCUAUGCACCUACAUUACCAAGCCCUGCCAAUGUGAAAGAACAGUUCUACUCCGAGCUAGACAACAUCAUCCAAUCAACUCCCCAGAGUGACAAACUAAUAAUUUCUGGAGACUUCAAUGCCAGGGUUUGAUUUAUUUGAAUUUAUUAGACCAUUUUUAAAAUCCAUACAUAAGGGUGAACCAGCUAGUGAUGCCUCCACAUACAAUUUUAAGAAAAUCAUCAAGAAUAACACAAUAAAGCUUAAAAGUGUAUUUCCAUUGUGGGCAAAGAUGGCACUAACUGACAAAGAGUGAUUUGGCAAAGAUGGAGUGGGAACCAUGGGCUCCUACUCAGAGCAUAGCCUCGCCACCACCAACACCUGCUUCAGGCAAGCAGACAAGUACAAAACUACAUGGACGAACCCAAGAUCCGAGCACUGGCAGCUGAUAGAUUAUACACUGCUCAAAAAAAUAAAGGGAACACUUAAACAAAAUAAUAAUAAUAAUAAUAUGCCAUUUAGCAGACGCUUUUAUCCAAAGCGACUUACAGUCAUGCGUGCAUACAUUUUUUUUGUGUAUGGGUGGUCCCGGGGAUCGAACCCACUACCUUGGCGUUACAAGCGCCGUACUCUACCAGCUGAGCUACAGAGGACCACGUACACAUCCUAGAUCUGAAUGAAUGAAAUAAUCUUAUUAAAUACUUUUUUCUUUACAUAGUUGAAUGUGCUGACAACACAAUCACACAAAAAUUAUCAAUGGAAAUCAAAUGUAUCAACCCAUGGAGGUCUGGAUUUGGAAUCACCCUCAACAUUAAAGUGGAAAACCACACUACAGGCUGAUCCAACUUUGAUGUAAUGUCCUUAAAACAAGUCAAAAUGAGGCUCAGUAGUGUGUGUGGCCUCCACGUGCCUGUAUGACCUCCCUACAACGCCUGGGAAUGCUCCUGAUGAGGUGGCGGAUGGUCUCCUGAGGGAUCUCCUCCCAGACCUGGACUAAAGCAUCCGCCAACUCCUGGACAGUCUGUGGUGCAACGUGGCGUUGGUGGAUGGAGCGAGACAUGACGUCCCAGAUGUGCUCAAUUGGAUUUAGUUCUGGGGAACGGGUGGGCCAGUCCAUAGCAUCAAUGCCUUCCUCUUGCAGGAACUGCUGACACACUCCAGCCACAUGAGGUCUAGCAUUGUCUUGCAUUAGGAGGAACACAGGGCCAACCGCACCAGCAUAUGGUCUCACAAGGGGUCUGAGGAUCUCAUCUCGGUACCUAAUGACAGUCAGGCUAACUCUGGCGAGCACAUGGAGGGCUGUGCGGCCCCCCCAAAGAAAUGCCAGCCCACACCAUGACUGACCCACCGCCAAACCGGUCUUGCUGGAGGAUGUUGCAGGCAGCAGAACGUUCUCAACGGCGUCUCCAGACUCUGUCACAUGCUCAGUGUGAACCUGCUUUCAUCUGUGAAGAGCACAGGGCGCCAGUGGCAAAUUUGCAAAUCUUGGUGUUCUCUGGCAAAUGCCAAACGUCCUGCACGGUGUUGGGCUGUAAGCACAACCCCCACCUGUGGACGUCGGGCCCUCAUACCACCCUUAUGGAGUCUGUUUCUGACCGUUUGAGCAGACACAUGCACAUUUGUGGCCUGCUGGAGGUCAUUAUGCAGGGCUCUGGCAGUGCUCCUCCUUGCACAAAGGAGGAGGUAGCAGUCCUGCUGCUGGGUUGUUGCCCUCCUACGGCCUCCUCCACGUCUCCUGAUGUACUGGCCUGUCUCCUGGUAGCGCCUCCAUGCUCUGGACACUAUGCUGACAGACACAGCAAACCUUCUUGCCACAGCUCGCAUUGAUGUGCCAUCCUGGAUGAGCUGCACUACCUGAGCCACUUGUGUGGGUUGUAGACUCCGUCUCAUGCUACCACUAGAGUGAAAGCACCGCCAGCAUUCAAAAGUGACCAAAAUCUCAUCCAGGAAGCAUAGGAACUGAGAAGUGGUCUGUGGUCACCACCUGCAGAACCACUUCUUUGUUGGGGGUGUCUUGCUAAUUGCCUAUAAUUUCCACCUGUUGUCUAUUCCAUUUGCACAACAGCAUGUGAAAUGUAUUGUCAAUCAGUGUUGCUUCCUAAGUGGACAGUUUGAUUUCACAGAAGUGUGAUUGACUUGGAGUUACAUUGUGUUGUUUAAGUGUUCCCUUUAUUUUUUUGAGCAGUGUAUCAUUGUGUGACAUUAUGGAUGUCAAGAUUACAAGAGCCAUGCGUGGCACAGAGUGCUGAAUGGUCAGAGCGAUCCUUGGCAUGCACAUCGUGCCAAACCACCCAAGGCGACACACAAAAUCUAGACCUUCCCCAGAUGUCCGGAAGCUGCAAGAUGCACACCUCAGGGCUCAGUUGCAAGGCAACUUGCAAACUGCAUGAUCCCCUCAGAUACGCCUUCGGAAGAAUUUGAGAAGUUCAAAGAGACUGUGUACAGGAAUCGGCAACAAGAAUCCUUGGCACUAAAAAGAGAACCCAUCAAGACUGGUUCAAUGACAACAACAAAAUUAUGAUGCUCCUGAGAAAAAUAACGCUGCAUUCCUGUCUUUCCAAAACAACCCCCUAUCUGCCUCCAAGAGAGAAGUUCAAACACUUGCAGCAAAGAGUGCAGAAACUGCUCCAAUCGAUGCAAGAUCAAUGGUGGGAGGGACUAGCAGAACGCACACAAAUGUAUGCAGACACACACUGCACCAAACCAUCUACGGACCGGUGAAGUCUUGCACAUCACCUCUGAGAUCAGCAGAUGGCAAACCCCCCUCAGAGACAAAACAAGUAUUGCAGAGAGGUGGGUGGAGCCAUUCAGCAAUCUCCUGAACAGGCCAUCCAGUGUCGACCCCUCAGCCAUAAACCUGAUGCCCCAAAAAGCCAUCCAACAUCACUUGGACGAACCACCUACACUCGAGGAAACUGAAAAAGCUAUCAGCAUGAGCUCGGGGAAAGCACCAUGCAAAGACGGUAUCCCUACUGAACUCUAUAAGACAGCUGGCCCAAUUGCGACAGAAGUACUCCAUGACAUCUUUACCAGCAUCUGGGAAACCGAGGAAGUGCCCCAGGACUACAAGGAUGCUACCAUUGUUGCCCUGUAUAAAAACAAAGACAGCAAAGCAGACUGCGGCAACUAUAGAGAAAUGUCACUUCUCUCCAUAGCUGACAAGAUCCUUGCCCAAAUCAUCCUCAAUAGGCUAACCUCCAUCUCAGAAGAGAACCUUCCAGAAGCGCAAUGUGGAUUCAGGCCUGCUCGCAGAACAACGGACAUGAUAUUUACCAUCAGACCGAUACAAUAAAAAUGUAUUGAGCAAAACAUGGACCUCUACUGCAUGUUCAUAGAUCUCACCAAGGCUUUUGAUACGGUAAACAGAGAGGGGUUAUAGAAGAUCCUCCAAAAACUAGUCAACAUCAUCCGCCUACUUCAUGAUGGAAUGCAAGGCCAGAUCCGCUGUGGUGGUGAUAUCUCUGAAGCUUUUCCCAUCUCUAACGGAAUCAAGCAAGGAUGUAUCUUGGGCUCGGUGCUGUUCAACCAAGGCAUCUACAUCAGAUACAGGGAUGAUGGUUCAAUCUACGAUCUGCGCAGGCUCAUAGCAAAGACCAAAACACAAGAACAUCUUGUCCGUAAGGCCCUCUUUACUGAUGACUGUGCCCUACUUGCGCACACAGAGGCAGACCUCCAGUCUUUGGCAGACAACUUUAAUUAAGCUUGCAAGAGUUUUGGUCUUACCAUCAGCUUGGAAAAAAACUGUAGUCCUCAGUCAACAAUCACCCCUGUCCAACCCAUUGCUCCCCGGCAUCUGGGGAGCACCAUCUCUAAAGAUGGCUCACUCGACCAAGAAAUAACUAGCAGAAUUCAGAAAGCAAGCCAGUCAUUGGGAAGGCUGAGGAACAGGAUACUAAACCAUCACACCAUCACUCUUUCCACAAAGAUGAAAAUCUGCAAUGCGGUCAUCAUCACAACUAUGUUGUAUGGCUGUGAAAGUCACUACGUCAAACAGCUGGAGACAUUCUAUACACGAUCUCUGAGAUCUAUUAUGGGUAUAAGGUGGCAAGACGAGGUAUCCAACAAGGAGGUACUACAGAAAGCUAACAGCACCAGCAUUGAGGCUAAGAUCAUUAAGGGACAGCUCAGAUGGAUCUGCCACACCAUCAGGAUACCCCAACACCGUCUCCCAAGAAGGAUCUUCUUUGGGGAGCUGCAGCAGGGGCACCAGAAGACAGAACGACCCAAAAAGCUCCUCAAAGACAACCUUAAACACAACCUCAAGUUCUGCAAUGUCCAGCCCAGCCAACUCACAGACGUCGCCUCUACCCGAUCCACCUGGCACUCCAAAACCCUCACCGACAGUACUGAAUAUAGCAUACUGUACCUAUAGAAAAUAUACUGUAUACCUAUCAGAGGCCCAGAUGGAUUCUGCAUCCCCUGCAAAACCAAGGAAACAUUUUGUUAUUUUUGCUGACGUUGUAUUGGUCAGGCCUUUUGUUUUAUGUAAUAGACUCUCUCUCUCUCUCUAGGUGAGCCCGGCCAGUUGGUAGGCAGGAUCAAUCAGAAAGACCCCCUGAGAAGGUUUGACGGCUACGUGAACGAAGGAGCCAACAGCAAGAAGACGGCUAACAGUGUCUUCAAGAAGGGAGACACUGCCUAUCUCUCAGGUGAGAGGCUACUAAACUUUAUAGACUUUUAUCUUUCUGUCUGGCUGUCUGUCUUUCUGUCUCUCUCUUUCUCUCCCUCUCUCUCCCUCACACAUUCUGACAGUGAGGUGUUGAGGUAUCUACUACUGAGUUUAACCUUGGCCCAGUCAAAGCUGACUGUAUUUCAGGACUCUCUGUCUGGAAAACAGUGGUAUUUGUUACUGAGUGGACUGUCCUGGCUAAAUAAAUAAAGAAUGGCGGUCCUCAUCAUGGACCAGUAUGGUUACAUGUACUUUACAAACGCACAGCUUUGUUACUGAUCUGUUAGUUUUCUCCCUCCAGGCGACGUCCUAGUCAUGGACCAGUAUGGUUACAUGUACUUUACAAACGCACAGCUUUGUUACUGAUCUGUUAGUUUUCUCCCUCCAGGCGACGUCCUAGUCAUGGACCGGUAUGGUUACAUGUACUUUAAGGAUCGUACAGGGGACACGUUCCGUUGGAAGGGAGAGAACGUGUCGACCACCGAGGUAGAGGGAACUCUGAGCCGUCUGCUGGAUAUGAAGGACGUGGUAGUCUAUGGCGUGGAGGUGCCAGGUACAGUGCCAUCACACAGCUCUUUUUCCAGCAAUGUCUUUAUGGAUUUUCAAUUUACAACAAUGGGGACAUAGUCUUUGUUAUCAUGGCACCAAAACCAAUCAAACAACUGCGCAAACUCAUCCCCUCCCCACUACCCAAACUGAUACAAUAGCACUCAUCCCCUCCCCACUACCCAAACUGAUACAAUAGCACUCAUCCCCUCCCCACUACCCAAACUGAUACAAUAGCACUCAUCCCCUCCCCAAACUGGUACAACAGCUCAGAUACACAGAGCAUUAUAAUUUCCCCAAAGAAAGGUUUUUAGCUAACCUGGCACCACGAGAGUAACAAUUGAUGUUUCUUCUGUGUGAACAAACGAAAUGCAUCAAAUGAAGCCCUUUGCUGUUUUACGAGUGGUGUGGGACGGCGUGGUCGAGAUUAAAUAAAGUACCACGUUAGCUACAAAGCUUAAGGGAAACUCACCCCAGAUCCCCAGUUUUGGUGAAAGGAGGAGAGGGAAGUGCCUAAGAAGAACUAUCCCACUGGGCACAGACGUCAAUUCAACGUCUAUUCCACGUUGAAACAAAGUUGAUUCAACCAGUGUGUGCCCAGUGGGAUAGUGUUGUAAAUUUCAAUGGAUUAUCAAGGGUGUGUGCUUUGCUUUGCAUUUUCUAUUUCAAGGAUGUUGUUAACCGUGUAGCCUACUGGUCGUAAUGUGAAGAGCACUGAGCAGCAGCACACCGGGUUUGGGAUGUGUGGCCCAUGACGUCAUCACUACAGCAUGUUUCCAAGGCAAAUCCAACUGUCUCCUUGAUUCUUACAACGGUUGUGAAUUACUUGAUGGAUGUAGAUGCCAGUUACCAUCAACUAAUUGUCUAAUUGUCAGUGAUAAAUCUAUCACAAAUCAUCUAAAAUGUUUUCUGGUGCAUCAUGCGCUGAGGGGACUAUACCACCUUCUUACACUGAACAAAAAUAUAAACGCAACAUGUAAAGUGUUGGUUUCAUGAGCUGGAAUAAAAGAUCCCAGAAAUUUUCCAUAUGCACAAAAAGCUUAUUUCUCUCAAAUUUUGUGCACAAAUUUGUUUACAUCCCUGUUAGUGAGCAUUUCUUCUUUGUCAAGAUAAUCCAUCUACCUGACUGGUGUGACAUAUCAAGAAGCUAAUUAAACACCAUGAUCAUUACACAGGUGCACCUUGUGCUGGGGACAAUAAAAGGCCACUCGAAAAUGUGCAGUUUUGUCACACAACACAAUGCCAGAGAUGUCAAGUUUUGAGGGAGCGUGCAAUUUGCAUGCUGACUGCAGGAAUGUCCACCAUAGCUGUUGCCAGAUAAUGUAAUGUUCAUUUCUCUACAAUAAGCCGCCUCCAACGUGGUUUUAGAGAAUUUGGCAGUACAUCCAACCUGCCUCACAACUGCAGACCACGUGUAUGGCGUCGUGUGGGAUAGCGGUUUGCUGAUGUCAACGUUGUGAAUAGAGUGUCCUAUGGUGGCGAUGGGGUUAUGGUAUGGGCAGGCAUAAGCUAUGGACAACGAACACAAUUGCAUUUUAUCCAUGGCAAUUUGAAUGCACAAAGAUACCAUGACAAGAUCCUGAGGCCCAUUUUGAGGCCCUUUUUUAUUUUUAUUUUUUAAAGCUAUCUAUGACUAACAGAUGCAUGUCUGUAUUCCCAGUUAUGUGAAAUCCAUAGAUUAUGGCCUAAUCAAUUUAUUUCAAUUGACUGAUUUCCUUAUAUGAACUGUAACUCAGUAAAAUCUUGAAAUUGUUGCAUUUAUAUUUUCUUCAGAAUAUAAAGGGAAGGCAUUUACUUUUCACAGGAUUACCGUAAUUAGUCUAGUAAUGGCACCUCCACUCUAUUACAUACAGUGCCUUCAGAAAGUAUUCACACCCCUUGACUUUUUCCACAUUCUGUUGUUGCAGACUGAAUUACAUUUUUUAAAUAAAAUGUAGAUUUUGUGUCACUGAUCUACACACAAUACCCCACAAUGGGCAAACCUAAAUAAGUUCAGGAGUAAACAUUUGCUUAACAAGUAACAUAAGUUGCAUGGACUCACUUUUUGUGCAAUAAUAGUGUUUAACAUUAUUUUUAAAUGACUACCCCAUCUCUGUACCCCACACAUACAAUUAUCUGUAAGGUCCCUCAGUCAAGCAGUGAAUUUCAAGCACAGAUUAAACCACAAAGACCAGGGAGGUUUUCCAAUGGUUAGCAAAGAAGGGCACAUAUUGGUAGAUGGCAACAACAACAAAAAUACAUUUGAAUAUCCCUUUUGAGCAUGGUGCAGUUAUUAAUUACACCUUGGAUGGUGUACUGAUACACCCAUUCACUACAAAUAUACAGGCACCCUUCCUAACUGUAACUGAUUUUAAAACAGUUACAGAGUUUAAUUGCUGUGUUAGGAGAUGACUGAGGAUGGAUCAACAACGUUGUAGUUACUCCACAAUGCUAACAUAAAUGACAGUGAAAAGAAGGAAAAUAUUCCAAAACAUGCAUCCUAAGGCACUAAAGUAAUACUGCAAAAAAUGUGGCAAAGAAAUGACCUUUUUGUCCUGAAUACAAAGCGUUGUGUUGUGUUUUCCCCAAACAUAUCACUGAGUACCACUCUUCAUAUCUUCAAGCAUGGUGGUUGCAUCAUGUUAUGGGUAUGCUUGCCAUUGGCAAGGAGUAGGGAGUUUUUUAGGAUGAAAAUAAAUGGAAUAGAACUAAGCACAGGCAAAAUCCUAGAGGAAAACCUGGUUCAGUCUGCUUUCCACCAGACACAGGGAGACACAUUCUCCUUUCAGCAGGACAAUUACCUAAAACGCAAGGCAAAAUAUACACUGGAUUUGCUUACCAAGACGACAUUCAGUGUUCCUGAGCGGCCUAGUUAAAGUUUUGACUUAAAUUGGCUUGAAAAUCUAUGGCAAGGCUUGAAAAUGGCUGUUUAGCAUUGAUCAACAACCAAUAUGACAGAGCUUGAAUAUUUUUUAUUUAAAGAAUAAUGGGCAAAUAUUGAACAAUCCAGGUGUGCAAAGCACUUGGAAACUUACCCAGAAAGACUCACAGCUGUAAUGCUGCCAAAAGGUGAUUCUAACAUGUAUUGACUCAGGGGUGUGAAUACUUAUGUAAAUUAGAUAUAUUAGUGUUGUAUUUUAAUUUGUUUUGUUUGAAUUUUUCUUCCACUUUGACAGAGUAUUUUGUGUAGAUCGUUUACAAAAAAAUGACCCAUUAAAUCCAUUUUAAUCCCACUUUAUAACACAACAAAAUGUGGAAAAAGUCAAAGGGUGUGAAUACUUUCUGAGGCACUGUAUGUUUUCUGAUGCGUGUGUCAGGAGGCAGAGGACACUGUGUGACUUUCUAACUCUCAGACCCCUAUAGCAGGUUGGGGUCCAUUGUUACAGGCUGAGUGCUUUAUACAAUCAUAAAUGUAUGUAUCUUUCCGUUGCAUGUCUGUCUCAGGCGCUGAGGGGAAGGCUGGGAUGGCCGCCAUAGCAGAUCCAGAGAGAUCUACAGACCUGGAGAAGUUUGGGAAGGAUCUGGAGAAAGCCCUGCCACCCUAUGCACGACCCGUCUUCCUACGCUUCCUCAAAGAGGUCAACAAGACAGGUGGGUUCAGUUGGACAUGUAUCAAUUAUACAGUAUCUGUUACUUACAUUAUAUACUGAGUAUAUAAAACAUUAGUUGCAUCCCCCUCUCUUUUGCUCUCAGAACAGCCUCAAUUCGUCCGGCCAUGGACUCUACAAGGUGUCGAAAGCAUUCCACAGGGAUGCUGGCCCAUGUUGACUCCAGUGCUUCCCCCAGUUGUCAAGUUGGCUGGAUGUCCUUUGGGUAGUGGACCAUCCUUGAUACACACAGGAAACUGUUGAGCGCGAAAAACUCUGCCGCGUUGCAGUUCUUGACACAAACCGGUGCGCCUUGCACCUACUACCAUACCCCGUUCAAAGGCGCUUAAACCUUUUUGUCUUGCCCAUUUAUCCUCUGAAUGGCACACAUACAUACACAAUCCAUAUCUCAAUUGUCUCAAGGUUAAAAAAUCCUUCUUUAACCUGUCUCCUCCCUUUCAUCUACACUGAUUUGAAGUGGAUUUAACAAGUGACAUCAAUAAGGGACAUAGCUUUCACCUGGAUUCACCUGGUCAGUCUGUCAUGGAAAGAGCAGGUGUUCCUAAUGUUUAGUACACUGUGUGUAUUGUAUCCUCUCCUCAGGGGGAGGUCAGGGACUCUAUUCAAAAAGUGAUGGAGUAGGAGUGCGGAUCUAGAAUUAGGUCCCCUCUGUCCAUAUAAUCUUAUUCAUAGUGAUCUAAAAGGCAAAACUGAUCCUAUAUCAGCAGUCCUACUUUGAGUCUGUAAUUCAACCCUCUAUGACUAUGUGAAUAUGAGCCCCAAAGUAGCCCAUUCUCUAAUACAUCCCUCUUCUCUAACUCACUCACUCCUCCUCCUUAGGCACCUAUAAAUUCCAGAAGACAGACAUGCGGCGGGAAGGUUUUGACCCCAGCAUGGGAUCAGACAAGCUGUACUUCCUGGAACCCAGCAGGGGGGGCUACGUGGCACUGCACCAGGAGCUCUACAGCAGCAUCAUCUCAGGGAAGCAGAAACUGUAACUGAUCACUCUUGCCCCCCCACCCCCACCCAACCCUGCACACACAAACACCCAAUUCCUGAAGUCACUCUCCCUCCCCCCUCCUACAUCCCACCUCUCUGCUCUCGC